AGUGACGUCACAAACACGUGAGCGUAACGGGAGCAGAGUGACAGCAGGGCUUUGGCCAGUUUAAAUGUACCCCUUGGUACAUCCCCCUACGCAUAUGGAAGAGAUGUAGCAAGCUGUGGAUGAACUUAUAUUACAAUACUACUGUGGUAGAACGGGCACAGCUGGAUUUUAGGUGAUUAACUAGCGCAUCAAAGGCCUCUUUGGUACAGAGAGAGCUUGCAGUCUUAUAAUUGGCAGACUGCUGGGUUGGGUUGGAUUGAUAACUCUUCCCCUCCCUUUGGGGAAGGUGUUUGACUAGUCAAAGGGAUACUUAGUUGUGCUUCUCAUCCUUUUGAAUCUAAAGCCAUGAUGCAAGGCGAAAUGGCUACAAAGGUGCCCGAUAGCGAGGGGAAAUUGGAAGUACCCGCUCAUAACAAGCCAGCCACUGGGAGAGGGAGUUCCAAAAGCUGGCAGUACAGUGAUCACAUGGAGAAUAUCUGUGGCUAUCUUAUGAAGUACACCAAUCUUGUUACUGGCUGGCAGUAUCGAUUUUUUAUUUUAAACAAUGAAGCUGGCCUUUUGGAGUAUUUUGUGACUGAACAGUCUAGAAGCCAAAAACCAAGAGGCACCUUACAUUUAGCCGGGGCAGUCAUCUCUCCAAGUGAUGAAGAUUCACACACGUUUACAGUUAAUGCCGCUAGUGGGGAACAGUACAAACUAAGAGCCACAGACACAAAAGAGCGACAGCACUGGGUUAGCAGACUUCAGAUAUGUACUCAACAUCAUACGGAAGCCAUUGGGAAAAAUAAUCCUCCACUGAAAUCUCGAAGUUUCUCUAUGGCGUCACAAGGUAGUAGCAGCUCACCUGCUUUGCAAAGGAGGGCCAGCCAAGGAGCAGCUUCUUUCUUUAGUGUUGGCUAUCACAAGAGUACAUCGUCAAGCAAGAGAUCGCACAUCCCUCCACCAGAUCAUCUGGUAGAUGUUCGAGAGAUGAUGUCACAGGCUGAAGGACAGCACAGAGAUCUGAUUAGAGACAUAGAAGGGCUUCCAUUAUCUGGACAUUUUACUGCUUUGGAUCAAGAUCUGCUUAUGUUGAAGGCAACUUCCAUGGCAACUCUGAAUUGUCUGAAUGACUGCCUCCAUAUUCUACAGCUUCAGCAGAUAGCCCAACACAAGGGUUCAUUACCAGUUGGGGCAACAAUCGAGUGGCUGGAGCAGAAGAUACCUUUGUCUGACCACCACAGAAAUGGAACUGCCCAUCAGGUCUUCACAGCUGAGCAGAGCAAAUCAACAUCCUCAGACAGAGAACAGUCUUUCUCAGAGUCCUACCAGAUGACAAGGGAACCUGUAGAGAUAGACCCAGAUGAAGAAGUACUAGAUACGUCUGACAACAGAGAGAAUGAUCUAGGAGCUGUGGAAGAACAACGAAGCGUCAUCUUACAUCUGCUUUCUCAGCUGAAACUUGGCAUGGAUUUGACAAGAGUGGUUCUUCCUACAUUUAUUCUGGAGAAGCGAUCAUUACUAGAAAUGUAUGCAGACUUCAUGUCCCACCCUGACCUCUUCAUUACGAUCACGAAUGGAAGUACCCCAGAAGACAGAAUGAUACGUUUCGUUGAAUAUUACCUUACUUCAUUCCACGAAGGACGUAAAGGAGCUAUAGCUAAAAAACCUUACAACCCAAUAAUUGGGGAAACUUUUCACUGCUCAUGGCAAGUACCAAAGGACCAUAGACUCUGCAACAAUUCUACUUCACAAAAAACUGCUCCUCCUGAGGAGUCAGAAGGCAAGGCCCCAUCAGACUACUACACUGUUAGAUUUGUUGCAGAACAGUUGUCGCAUCAUCCACCUGUUUCUGGUUUUUAUGCAGAAUGUGCAGAGAGGAGAAUUUGUGUGAAUGCACAUGUAUGGACUAAAAGCAAAUUCAUGGGAAUGUCUAUAGGAGUAUCCAUGGUUGGAGAAGGUGUCUUAAGCCUUUUGGAACAUGGAGAGGAGUACACUUUCACACUUCCUAGUGCAUAUGCCCGCUCCAUACUGACUGUUCCGUGGGUUGAGUUGGGAGGCAAAGUCACUAUUAACUGUGCAAAAACAGGUUACUCAUCAGCUAUUACCUUUCAUACUAAACCAUUCUAUGGUGGAAAACUUCACAGAGUAACGGCUGAAGUAAAGCAUAAUCCCACAAACACAGUUGUGUGUCGAGUGCAGGGAGAGUGGAACGGAGUGUUGGAAUUUGCUUACAGCAGUGGAGAGUCGAAGGCUGUUGACCUUACCAAACUUCCAGUUACAAGAAAGAGAGUAAGGCCGCUUGAAAAGCAAAGGCAGUCAGAGUCCAGGCAACUCUGGCAGUAUGUGACGGAGGCACUAAGAAAUGAAGAUCUUGAUAAAGCAACAGAGCACAAGAGGAUGCUGGAAGAGCAACAGAGAGCUGAGGAAAGACACCGACUUGAGACAAACACACCAUGGCAAACAAAAUACUUCCUUAAAGAGGGUGACGGAUGGAUUUAUCAUAAAGCACUGUGUAAAAGCCCAGGACUCAGCACAUAAACACUCCAGCAUCUCAGAUACAGUUUUGCAGAACUGCUGUCGAUCAGAACUCUAUGCGUCCAUCCUGUGCUUAUACAGCCAUAUGAUUCUUCAACCACUAAAUGCAGUAAAUGGAUUCAAUGUACUGUGUAGUAUUUGCACUGUUGUGGAAGAACAGGAUUGGAAUAAUGCUGGCACUUUAUAAUCAAAGAUGAGAAACAGUAAAAAAGAAGCUUUGACUUUGUGUGCUUACAAACUAGGUUUGUAUGUUUCAGAAACUGAUGUUACUGCUACUUGUUAUUGUUUUACUUUUAGAAGGGUGCAACACUUUGCACCUAUUCGCUGCCUAGUGACAUUGUUUCAUUGUAGGUCUGGCAGCAAGAUGCAGUGUUCUUGAUUUGCUGUUGCAAGAAAUUCAGCCUUUGACUGCCAGUUUGAAUAUGUGCACAUGAUAUUCACUAUUGUGCAAAGAUCCACACUCAAGUAGAUGGAGAAAUGUUAUGGUUUCAUGCCUGCAGUAUAUAUCUGAAACUGGAAGGAAGCCUUUGGUGACAGCAGCUCUAGUCAAUGCCUUUUAAGAAUGAACAUCCACUUAACCACAAAAAGAUACAACAAAGGUUUGAACUCUGUAUAUUGUGUUGGAAGAAAAUGGCAAAUAAAUUAUGCCUGGUAAAUUACAGCACAGGUUAAUACAAAUUGUUUUAUGCAGCUUGAACAUUUUUUAAAAGCAGCAUCUUAUUCUUUUUAGCAGAAUUUUUAAGAAAGUAUUUGGCAAUUUUAUUGAACCCGAAGGAAAACAACACAUGACAACAUCUUGAACUCUGGUCUGUCUGCAAUUUUCAUUUAUUACUAUGUGCUGAAUAACUCACUUAGGCCUUUUAGUAUUUUCUGUCUCAGCUUUCUGAAUGAAUGAAAUGCGUAAGAGUUGGAACGCCCUUUAACUCAAACUCUGUAGUUCUUUUUUUUUUUUCUCCACUCUGGUUAGUUUGGCUAAUUGAACAGAAGAAGAAUGUCUUACCAUAUUCAGCAUUUUUGUUUGGUAGUGUGUGUCUGUUGGGGGGGGGGGGUCCUGAUGUAUAGAAAUCCAACGUUUACCAGACAUAAGCCAAAGCAGUGACAUUUAGUCAGCAGACAUACUUGGCCAUGUUUUUACCUUUCGCAAUCUAGAAGAAAAGGCUGACUUUGGAAACUGGAUAUGUAUUAAUUAAUGCAGGUCACAAUCAGUUGUCAGGUAAAAUAUAUUCAGGUAAAUGUCAUUUUUGUAGUAUUCAUACUUUGAGGUUUAAAAUUGCUGGCAAUUAUGACAAUACGAUUAACAGCUUUUGUUAUUAUAAGCUAACUUAAUUUUUAUGAGUGGUGCCUUACACUGUUUUUUCUGAUGUAGUCUUCCAGUCAUUGUAUAUAACCCAUAAACUGUCAAACUGUUCUGAAUCACUGAUCAUUGUUUCACAAAAAGUAAAAUUAUGUGAAAUUGUUGUUUUUGUUGCUGGAGUGAUACAAGUCUCCUUGGCUAUUUAUACAUGACAACAGCUGCUCGAAGUCAGUAGAACUGUUUCCAUCUCAUUCCUUCCAACAUGCAUUCGAUAAUUACUGAUAAGUCUUACAAAUCUGCAAAGUUGGACUUAUGCACAAUAACCUUGUGAAUAUUUUGUUUCUGUACAUUUUGCUAACCUGUGAAAUGCACUGAUAAACCUUGAGGUGACUCUAGUUCUUAGUAGGUGUGAAAAUGAUGGAAUAAUAAAACUGAUAACUCCC